AUGAUCUAUCUAUCUAUCUAUCUAUCUAUCUAUAUAUCUAUCUAUCUAUCUAUCUAUGUAAUUCGAUCUCUUUUUAGCGAUCUCGAAGCGAGAAAAAUGGAAAAUCGUAAAUACAAUUCCGCCACGUACAUUAAAAAUAACCAUUCUCUCACCAGUCGGUUGACAUGCAUCGACAGUUGUUUGAACCCACAAUCAACGUCAGUCGUUGCUGUUCUUCCAGCCGCGAUUACCCUUUUUGCUGUCGAUGUCUUGUUUUUCGUUUCAUCAAAUUACCUUUUCUUUCGCUACGGCCUUCCUCCUCUCUGUGCUAUCAAGUCACCAGCAUCUCAUGCCAUAAAACUAUUUACUUGUACCCCGCACAGAAUAUCUAUCUAUCUAUCUAUCUAUCUAUCUAUCUAUCUAUCUAUCUAUCUAUUUCGGUUAGUUCAAAUCUAUUUCAGUGUGUUCAAAUCAAUCAAUCUAUCUAUCUAUCUAUCUAUCUAUCUAUCUAUCUAUCUAUUUCGGUUAGUUCAAAUCUAUUUCAGUGUGUUCAAAUCAAUCAAUCUAUCUAUCUAUCUAUCUAUCUAUCUAUCUAUUUCGGUUAGUUCAAAUCUAUUUCAGUGUGUUCAAAUCAAUCACUCUAUCUAUCUAUCUAUCUAUCUGUUUCGGUGUGUUCAAAUCUAUCUAUCUAUCUAUCUAUCUAUCUAUCUAUCUAUCACACUCCUUUUCAUUAUCUAUCUAAGUCGUCUUUGCUUUGUGAAUAACUGCUCUUCCUUGUUUUUGACCACUUUUCCCUUCAAAUUUUCUUUUCCUUCCUUCUUUCUUCCUUUUUUUUACCUUCCAUCUUUUCUAUCCUUCCUUUUCUAUCUCCUCCUCCUCCUCCUCCUCUUUUCUGUUGCAUCUUUGUCUUUUUGUGUUCUCUAUCGCUUCCGACCAUCCUUGCUUUUUCUCUUCUUUUUAAAUCUGCCACUCGUUUUCUCUUUUUCGUCGUUCACUAUUUAUUCUUCCACUUUCUUUAUCUUCCAUUAUCAGUCUUUCCUGGUCAAAUUUCGUCUAUUUUCCUUCCUUCCUUCCUUUUCCUUCCUUCCUGCCUUCCUUCCUGCCUUCCUUUCUUCGUUCCUGCUUUCCUUCCCCCUUCCUUCCUUCCUUCCUUCCUUCCUUCCUGUCUGCCUUCCUUUCUUCGUUCCUGCUUUCCUUCCCCCUUCCUUCCUUCCUUCCUUCCUUCUGCCUUCCUUCCUUCCUUCCUUCCUUCCUUCCUUCCUUCCUUUCUUGCCUUCCUUAUUUUCCUUCCUUCCUUCUUCCUUCUUUCUUUUCCUGCCUUCCUUUCCUUUCUUCUUUCUUUUUUUCCUUUUCCUUUCCUUCCUUUCUUUUUUUUCCUUCUUUCCUUCCUUCCUUCCUUUCUUUCUUCCUUCCUUCUUUCCUUGCCUUCCCCUUCCUUCCUUCCUUCCUUCCUUCCUUCCUUCCUUCUUCCUUCCUUCCUUCCUGUCUGCCUUCCUUCUUCCUUCCUUCCUUCCUUCCUGCCUUCCUUUCUUCGUUCCUGCUUUCCUUUCCCCCCUUCCUUCCUUCCUUCCUUCCCUUCCUCCUUCCUUCCUGCCUUCCUUCCUUCCUUCCUGCCUUCCUUUUCUUCCUUCCUUUUUUCCUUUCUUCCUUCCUUCCUUCCUUCCUUCCUUCCUUCCUUCCUUUCUGCCUUCCUUCCUUCCUGCCUGCCUUCCUUUCUUCGUUCCUGCUUUCCUUUCCCCCCUUCUUUCCUUCCUUCCUUCUUUGCCUGCCUUUCUUCCUCGUAUUUCCUCCCAAUCUUUCUUUCAUUUUCGUGCCACUUCUUUAUAUAUUACUUUCCUUCGUUCAUUUCUCACUCUCUCCUACACAACUUUUUUCCUUCUCCUAUGUGCAUGCCUUUCUUCCUCUCCAUUUUCCCACUCAUUAACUGUGUCUCUUUCAAUCACCCCCUCUACCGUUUCAUUGCCUUUCUUCCUCACCCCAAAGCCUUUACAAACCAAACAAACGAUAUACACCUCGAACAAUUCAUUUGCCGGGUCAAAACCAAAUUUACACCCCUUUCUCUUCCAGAAAAUUCAUUUUCCGACAACUUCUGAUGAAAACACUCCAUUGCCCCCCAAGCCAUUUCUUGACUUUUUUUUUAAUGGGUCGUCUACUCUCGUGGUAAUAUUAAUUAUCGUCUUUUUCUUCAACUCUACCUCCUGCCCUUUCUCCUCCUUAACUCCUCCUCUGGCUCACUCUUCUUCUCGAUCUCACCCUCUGCGCCCCUGCUCUUCCUCCUUACUCACUGCUCCUUUUGCUUCUUCUUUACCUCCACCUCUUCAACAUUCUUUACUGUCUCCUCUUCUUCUUUAUCUAUCUAUCUAUCUAUCUAUCUAUCUAUCUAUCUAUCUAUCUAUCUAUCUAUCUAUCUUAAUUUUCAGCUCUUUCUUCUUCUUUUUCUCUAUCCAUCUGUCUAUCUAG